AUGACUUCGACGGCUACCAAUCCCUCAACUCUUUUACCACUUGAACUGGUCGACAAAUGUAUAGGCUCAAAAAUUUGGGUUAUCAUGAAGAGUAAGUUCCUUUCUUGUUAUGACUUCAACUUAAAAUUUUUAGACGAGAAGGAAAUUGUAGGAACGCUGACAGGAUUUGACGAUUAUGUAAACAUGGUAUUGGAAGACGUUGUUGAAUACGAAAAUACGCCAGAAGGACGGCGGAUCACAAAACUCGAUACUAUCCUGCUGAACGGAAACCAUAUCACGAUGUUGGUGCCCGGAGGGGAAGGCCCGGCGAUCUAA